GGAUCAGUCUGAAUCUCUGUGUUGCAGGCCACUCUCCAAUCUCCGUGGCCGCAUAUCACGGACGCGUGAACACAGUUGCUUGUCUACUGAGUAUGGAGAGCGUGGAGAUCAAUGGAAGGGACGUGAUCGAUCCGUCCCUUUGUCGAGCGGUUGCACAAGGCCAUCUCGAUGUUGUAGGACUCUUAGUGCAGCAAGGCGCACGUCUGAACAUCAACGAAAGCACGAUCGCAACUCACGACACUGCUCUCUGCAUGGCCGCCCGUGGCGGUGACUUGGAGAUGGUCCAGGCACUACUACGCCAUGAUCGAAUUGAUUUUGAAGAGAUCGCUGGAUCUAGCAAGAAACGAUUGCAUCCAGAGGGCCAUUCGAAGCAGAAUGGAAGACGACAAAACUCCUCAAACAUUGUUGAAGCGGUCUCCAAGGAGAAGGUUCGUGGUCUGUAA